UUUACACUCAAGCAGACAAUCCACACAGUCACCCUUUGCUCCCCUGGCUACAAUCCAAAGUUUUACUUUUUCUUCCGGCCAGUUCAAAAGUACUUUACUGUCUAGCAAGUAGCAGCGUCGGUUUCUCACUGGAGACAAAUGGGAAGGGCACCUUGUUGUGAAAAGGUGGGCUUGAAGAAAGGGAGAUGGACUGCAGAAGAGGAUGAGAAAUUGACAAAGUAUAUUCAAGCUAACGGAGAAGGGUCUUGGCGGUCAUUGCCCAAGAAUGCAGGGUUGCUUAGGUGUGGAAAGAGUUGCAGAUUGAGAUGGAUUAACUAUUUGGCAGCUGACUUGAAGAGGGGAAACAUAUCUGCUGAGGAGGAAGAGAUCAUCAUAAAUUUACAUGCUUCUUUGGGCAAUAGGUGGUCUUUGAUAGCCAGUCACUUACCAGGAAGAACAGACAAUGAGAUAAAGAACUACUGGAACUCUCAUUUGAGCAGAAGAAUUUACAGCUUUAGAAGACCUGUAAAUGAAAGACUACCAUUGAUCAUCGAAACAGCCAAGGAGGGCAUGUUAGCCAAAAGUGGAGCAGGUAGAUUUGCAAUAAAGAAAAAAAAAAUUAGCCACCCUCAAAAAGAUGCCAUCAGGGUGCCAACAAAGAGACCACGAAAGGAAAAUAAUACUGGUGAUUUCUCUAAUUCAAAUAUUGAAGGCAUCCAAUUGCCACAGACACCAGCAACAGAAAAAAAUACCUUGUCAAGUACAAUCAAUGAUACGGUGAUUUGGGAUCCAUGUGCAGAGGACAAGGAGCUAAUGGACCUUGUCGUGACAACUCCCUGUCCAGAAACUGGAAGAGUAAUGUUGGGUUCAAGUGGGGAGAAAGCAAAAAUGGUCAUAUGCCCUGGUGAAGAGAGAAGAAGACCGAAUUCAAUUUUGCACCCUAGUGGAGGUGAGAAAGAAAAUGAUAGCUUCGGACAAUUCUGUGAAGGCAUCGAAAAUGAGAUGCUGAGUUUUAAUGAGGUGAUGGACAAGGAGUUGCUGGAUCUAGAUGGUGAUUCGAGUUUAAAUGAUGAGGGACAAAAUAGUCUCUUGGUGCACAGUGGGGCGAGGCAGAGUGGGGUCUUGAGUCCAAAUAAAACAGUAGACGUUUUUGAGUCCAUUGGUGAUUUGAGCUCGAAUGGAGAGAGUGGUGACUGGCACUCGUUUUCUUCGAUAAGCACGUCAGGUUUUGACGAUUGUGGCGUUGAUUGGAGCUGGGAUGAUGUGAUGGGAGGACACCUUGAGAUAGGAGAUGAGACCAAAGAAGAGAAUAUGCUAUCUUGGUUGUGGGAGAACGAGAAGGGGGAAGAGGAAACUCAGAGACUAGAAGAUGUAGUGAACUAUGAGCAGCAAAAUGCCAUGCUGCUUGGCUUCUUUCUUGAUUUGCCUCAAUAAAUAGCCUCUUCUUGUCGAGUGUUCUACCAAAAAGUUAGUGUUAUAGCUAGAAGAUAACAUCAAGAAGUUUAUGGUUGACUUGAUUUCCUCCUCCCUUUCCUGUUCGUAGAAAUUCAAGAUGCGAAAGCAGUAUUAGUAAA